CCCGGUCACCCAAAACCUUCCCCUCGCGCGAAAUGCGGAACAGGGUUUUACCAAAGUAGCAACAACUGAGAGACUUUUCUUUGAACUCCUGAGAUUUCAAGAAAGGAAUAAAUUUCACGUGGCGGAGACGCCCGUCUCUUGAAACUUGAAGCCGAUGCGUGCGACCCUUCUCCAGCAUACUCUCAUUUCCGCUAUAUCUAUGGCAUGGGUUGGACUGUUGAAGCUUCAUUGUAUUUGGACUACUUUAUCGGUCUUCCAAGGAUUUGUAGAGUUACAUUGCAUGCGUAGCUUUGAUUUUCAAGCCUCGGGAUCAAUUUGGCUCAUGCUACAGUAAUCCUUGAGGUUCCAAUCCUCUAGUUUGUCUGCGGUCAGGAGAAGUCCUCUCGUGCAGUUGCAUAUUCCAUGAUGGGGCGAAAUUCAACGCAUCAUUCCAUUCCCUCAGUACAGGAUCAUGGAUCUCGUCGUAGCAGAAGUCCCUCUAGGAAGAGUCAAUAUCAAACAGAAAGAUCAUAUAUGUGUCAUAGAAAUUCUCACAAAGACAGUUCUCCACCGAAUGAGAGAUAUUCAACUCGCCCCAAGUUUCCCAAGGAUGCAAGGCCACCCUCUCCUUACUAUCCUUUUCCGCAGGCAAAAAGGUUAGGAAGAGCUGAAGCUGGAGGAGUGCCUGAGACAGAACAGGAAAGGAUUAAUGGUAGGAAGAUUGGUCGGAAUUUCCAGGAAGAUGGUGGAAGUGAUAGAAAGGAAAAAAUUUCGGGAAGGAAUGUUAUUGAUGGUAAAUUUUCAAGAUCUUGGCAUGGUACUUCUUCAUCCGAUAGAGACCGCAGGAGUAGACAUAGACACGUACCUCAGCGUACUGGUGAUACAAGAGAUGAGGAGAAAGUAAUUGAGGGCCAUAACAGAAAUCAUAGCAGAUGGAUUGAUAGAAGCAUGCAUAGGGAAUACAAGACUGAAAGAAUGGAGAGAAUGACAGCAGAAGACAGUUGGGGUCAUCUGUCUUCCAGAUCAAGGCAUACUACUUCAUCAGAUCAACAACACAGGAGUAGAGAUAGAUCUUACUCACCUCAACAUUUUUAUGAUACAAGACAUGGGAAGAAAGUAAUUCAGGAACAUGAACAAAACCAUGGCAGAGUGAAUCAUAUAAGUAUGCAUAUGGAAUAUGACACUGAAAGAAUGGAGAGAAUGAUGGCAAAAGAGAGCACUAGUUACAGGUCUUCAAGACCAAUGCGUGGUUCUCCAUCAGAUCGAAACCACAAAAGUAGAUAUAGUUUUCAAUUACCUCAACAUACUGUUGAUAUAAGAGUCAACGAAAAAGUAAUUAUGUGCCGUGAAAGAAAUUAUAGCAGAGGAAAUUAUAGAAGUAUACAUAGGGAAAAUGAUACCGAUAGAACGGAGUGGUUGACAGCAAAAGAGAAUACUGUUCAUAGGUUUUCAAGAUCAAUUCACGGUCAUUCUCCAUCAGAUCGACAUUGGAGUACUGGAGAUAGAUAUAAUCAGUCGCUUCAACAUGCUGAUGAUACAAGAGAUGAGGAGAAAGUAAUUGGAGGUUGUCAAAGAAAUAAUGGGAGAGGGAGUUAUAGAAAUAUGCACAAAGAAUAUGAGACUGAAAGAAUAGAGAGAAGGACAGCAAAAGACUGUUCUAGUCAUUGGUCUUCAAGAUCAGGACAUGGGCAAUUGAUUUCUCCAUUGGAUGAACACCACAAGAACGGACACCGAACUCAUUUCACUGGACAAGCUGCAGAUAGUGAAGCUCACAAUGAGCAAAAAAUUUCGUUUGAGUUAUCUGGAAACCUUGCUGUGGAAGGCAGUAGAUUCAGGGGAGAUGGCCUUAAGAAGAAGCUUAUUUCGAGUAAUGAGAAUGAUGGUGAGAAACACUAUGAUAAUGAAAGAACACAAGUCAUAUGUACGCUGAAUUUAGCACCAAGAAAAAAGAAGCUUCUUGUGUUCGAUCUCAAUGGCUUACUAGUCUACAGAGCUUUCUGUUUCAACACGAGUGUUAUUCCAAGGGAUCGUGCUCCUGAUGGGAAAUGUGGAAACCAUCUAGUAUUCAAAAGACCUUUUGCUGAGGAGUUUAUGCUAUUCUGCCUUGAAAGAUUUGAAGUUGGAAUAUGGACAUCUGCUCUGGAGAAAAAUGUGGAUGGCGUCUUGGACUGUUUGAUGGAAAAGCUGAGAAGCAGACUCAUAUUUGUGUGGGAUCAGCAUCAAUGUACUGAUUCUGGGUUCAAGUCCCUGGAAAAGAAAAUGAAGCCUCUGUUUUUCAAAGACCUGAAGAAAGUAUGGGAUCAGUUUAAGGGAAAGUUUUCUGCAUCUGAUACUCUAUUGAUUGAUGAUCAGCCGUACAAGGCCCUUCUGAAUCCUCCUUACUCAGGGAUUUUCCUGGAUCCCUACGUUCCCGAUAAUGGUAGUGACAAUGCUUUAGAUCCAAAGAAAGAGUUGGGGGAGUAUUUGUCUGGUCUUGCGGUUGCAGAUGAUGUACAGCUUUAUGUGAAGCAAAAUCCAUUUGGCCUGCCUGCAAUUUCGUCUAGACAUCCUGAUUGGAAUUUUUACUCGGCUGUAAUCCGAAAACUUGGAAAGUAUCUGUAGUCUUAAAAUUCGGCUUCAAUAAACUGAUGAAACCGGAUUCUUACCUUAUGGUUGUAUUUGACUGUUGAGUUCAACUUCUGCUAGUCUCAUUUAAACAUUUCCUCUCGCGUGUUCUUUGUCUGCAUCACCUACAGGCAACAGACAAGUCACCGGUGAAUGAUGAAAUCAUAACAAAAUUCUUUGAUAAAGACUUCAGAUGUCAGCUGUAUAAUUGAUUUG